AUAGGUACGUUUUAAUGCUUAUAAUUGCGAGGUAGCCUGGUCUCGCCAAUCCGCCGGCAAUUAGCAAGACGUUCUGUAAUUGGCAGCAUAGCACCAGCACCGCAGUAUGUGGUCGACUGCAACCGUGUUAUUUUUUUGCUGCAUUCCGAUUCUCAUCGACAAAGUGCACGCCGAAAGGAAUUGCUAUGGCGAGCUCGGUUGCAUGGAGACUGGUGGCGCUUUCUACGAUCCCGUGCACCGUCCCUUUAACCUGGUUCCGGCGGACCGGCACGUGGUGAACACCAGAUUCAUCCUGCACAACCGACGCAUCGAGCCGGGCCACAUGGUACUCCUGUGGAACUCCUCCGUGGAAACAAUUAGCGCCGCGCCUUUCAUGAGCUCCCGGGAGACUAAGUUCCUCGUGCACGGCUACCUGGACAAGCUGUACUUCGCCGCCUGGUUGUCAGAUAUGAAGGACGCCUACCUGAAGCAGGCCGACGUCAACGUGAUCAUCGUCGACUGGGGCGAGGCCAACGCCGGCAUCUACGACCGCGCGUGCGCCAAUGCCAGGAUCGUCGGGGCCGAGCUCGCGCUCUUCAUCCGGAAGCUGAAGGAGGCGUUCGGCGCCGACCCGAGGUCGAUGCACAUAGUCGGCCACAGCUUGGGUGCACACGUUGCCGGUUACGCGGGCGCCAACACCACCAACCUCGGAAGAAUCACGGCCCUGGAUCCUGCCGAGCCGAACUUCCAGAAGAUGCCUCCCGAAGUACGACUGGACCCCACGGACGCCGAGUUCGUGGACGCCAUCCACACAGAUUCUCAUCCGUAUCUCACCAAGUUGUGGCGCAGCGAAGGCAUGGGAAUGUGGGACCCCGUCGGCCACGUGGACUUCUACCCUAACGGCGGCGAGUACAUGCCAGGCUGCGACACCGUGAACCGAGUCUGGAAGAUAUUCUCUGAUGGCCUCAUCAAAGGUGUCCGCGCCGUCCUCAGCUGCAACCACCAGCGCGCCGUCAAGUACAUGCUGGAGUCGAUCUCGAACCGGGACUGCCUGCCGCUCGCCUACGAGUGCCCUUCCUUCGAGGCGUACGAAUCGGGACAAUGCUCCGAUUGCGGCGCGGAUGGCUCAAAGUGCGCAACCAUGGGUGAGCGCGCUGUGGAGUGGAAACACUUCAAGAAGAACGAGCCGACACGAAUGUUCACCGUCACCAACGCUCACAGCAAGUUCUGCGCUUUUCAGUAUGCAGUUACGCUAACUACUGGCAAAAAAGUACAAUAUGGCAACGGCAGGGGUGUCGUUCUCCUGCGAGAAGAAGGCCAAGACGCAAGCAUCAAUGUCAACGAAGCGCCAAUCGAUUUCCAUCCACAACGAAACUACACAUUCUUGGUUUCGUCGUCAACUCCGAUAACCGAACACAGUAGGCUGUUCAUGGAAUACAGGACGACCCAAUUACUGUUCACCUACAACAUUCCCAUGAUUCAAGUCUCCUUUCGACCGAUGACGUCACCAUUUACGGAAAGCGAAGCUUUAGAGAAAACAUUUCACAAGUGCUCGGCGUGGAACCCUGCAGGAAUCUCAACACACGUCCCGGUGGCAUUAAAGGAUUGCUAGACGUCAA